AUGGCUAACCUAACAUCCUCACGACACCCCCUUCUAACAAUCCUCUUCACAACCAUAUUCGCUCUCCUCGCAGCCGCGGGCGUCUACUUCAUCCGCAUCCAACCAGGCCACACCUCCUUUACCCAAAACCUCACCGACCUCGUCGAGACGGAGAAACUCCAAGAUGGCUCCCGCCUCUACACGACCUACACCGGCCUCAAGCCGCUCGACCUCGGCCUCACCUACCUCGUCGCCUCCUUUGUCCAGGGACCCCUCAACCUCAACGAGGCGGCAAGGAUCCAGCAGAUCCACUUUCUGCUCAACUUCUUCCCGGCCGUGGUGGUCUUCAACGUCGAAGCCUAUCGAUCCAGGAACAGAUGGAGUUUCCUCAGCUUUCACGCCGCCUGGGCAGCCCUCUACCAAACAGUCGGCGGCGGCGUCAUAAUCCCCCUCUACCACCUCGCCUACACCCUCCUCACCACAAGGAAAACCUACCUCGUCUCCAGCGGCGACAUGCCCCUACCCCUCGCAAAGGCCCUCCUCCCGGCCUCCCUCCUCCUUUUCGCCCUCCCGACCGCGGCAAUGUACUACCCCUGGACGAACCCCCGUCUCGCCCAGAACCUCAUCGCCCUCUGGCAGGUCGCGCCCGUCCUCCUCAAUGCCGGGAUAUGGCUCCUAGCCAGCACAGUCUACAAAUCCAAUCAAACCCCUGAGAAUAAGACCACCACCACUCGCCAGCAAACAACCCUCACCCUCCGCCGCCUCUACAACACCGCCAUCCUCGUCGCCGCAGCAUCCCACUUCUACACCCUCUACACCAUCUUCACCUCUCAAAACAAAUCUUUAACCCUGUCAAACGUCUUCCUCCCGCUAAAUGACAUAUCAACCGGCGACGUCGGCACCGGCCUCUUCCAAAUCUUCCAAUGGGACUUUUGGCUCAUCUUUGGCUCCUCGAGGCUGUGGUGCGCCCUCGUCGUCUACGACGUCCAGAAGCAACAGCACGGCAAGGUCAACUUCAAAAAGUUUUUGGCGUACUACGUCCUGGCCAACAACUUGGAGUUCGUCGUCGGGCCGGGGGCCGUGCUGGCGGGUGUAUGGCGGUGGAGGGAGGAGCGGUUGGUCGAGAUUGAGGCCGAGGCUGGUAGUCUGCAGAAGGAGCAUGCUCUCUAG